AUGACUUCCAAUGGUCUCCGCGAACGCUUUCGACAACGUGAACUCGAGCCACGUAAUAAUAUCGAGUUGGGUACAUCUAGUGCAAAUGCUUAUUUUACUUCAAAACAGAUACAUCAACGUGCAUGUCGUAGGAAGAAGAAACCGUAUGCUGCACAUAAUAAUAAACACCCGCACGCUACUUCCAAUGGUCGAAAUGAACCAUGGAAUCCUUGUUCAAACCAUGACGAUAUCAAACAAUAUGAGAAUGAGACACAACAUAAUGAUAAUGAAGCACAUCAACGACUAGAGUUUCCAACACGUAAACAAGUACUAGAUGAUCUACGAAUUGUAGAUAAUAAACAUGUAGGAGAAAGACAGAAGAAUCAAUGCUAUGAUACGUAUUUUCCUGCUUGGAAGAGUGAACUGCUAGCUGGUUACAAUUUACUCUUCUAUGGUUUAGGCUCGAAAUUAACAUUACUACAAAAAUUUGCAUCCAUUUUUCUGAACGAUAGUGUCGUGAUACAGGUACAUGGGUAUUUACCUGUUGUCUCGUUGAAAUAUAUGACCGAGACAAUUCAAGAAAAGAUCUUACAAACUGAAGUAAAGCCCAACCAGUCACUUGUUCAUCAGUGCCGAGACAUUGCCAAGACAAAAUUAUCAACAAAACACACGAUUCAGAUCUACUUGCUUGUGCAUUCAAUUGACGGCCUUGCACUCCGGAAUCCCGAGGCCCAAACGUGCUUGAGCUGGCUAGCAAAAGCACCAUUUAUUGCUGUUAUCGCGUCCAUGGACCACAUUAAUGGUCCUUCCAUUUGGAAAGAGGAAGAUUCGCUUCGCUUUGAGUGGCUUUGUCAAAAUGUUGACACCUUUGAGCCGUAUACGGACGAGAUUGAACUAAGGUUGACAACGCGGACAAAGAGAGCAGAUGCUUCAAGUAAUGGAGUCAAGUUUAUUCUUCAAAGUCUUACCCCAACAGAUGUAGCUACACUGCAAGAGCUUGCGCACCAGCAGCUUGCAGCUUCGGUUACAUCAAAGAAACGCGGUCAAAAACGCCAAGACAAGCUUGCACCUUACCAAUCGGUCUAUGAAGCCUGUCGCAAGAAACUUCUACAUUCUACGCCAUUGGCAAUGAAGAAUUCCGUAAAGUGUCUCGAAGACCAUGGUCUGCUGAAACAAUGCCGUGUCAAUGCUGUGGAAUACCUGGAGAUACCGCUGCCGGAGUCGAUCAUUAGGACUGAUAUUCUCCAUACGUCAGCUAUAGAGGCUGAAGAUUGA